AUGCAAAUUGCUACUACCAAGAAAGUCGUGAAUGCGCUCUCUCCUGCCCGCCGCGUCCCCGACAUGCGCCGCGCCGCAGUUAACACUAAUGUCACUGCCAACCUGGUCAGGCCGCUGUACCAGCGGCUCCAUCGACCAACUUCUUCAAGGACAAGGCUAGCUGCUACUCCGGUGGCGGCGAAGCAAAUUAAGCCAGCACCUCGUGUGUUGGCGUCAAGGACAACUACUACCGCUUCGGCGCCAAGGGUACCCAAGAUACUUGCUAGAGCUCGAGCUGACUAUAAGCAGAAUGCGGAUAGCAAGAUUGGUAAGACGCGUAUCCCGAGGCCUACGAUUACGGCGGUGAAAGAGGCUAGUGUACGGAGGCAGUCGAGGCUUUGGGCGAGGAUGACGAGUGUGGUUAUUCGGCGUAAGAUUACGGUACUCGCUGCCGAGACCACUACAGAGGCGGAGGAUGACGAGGAAGAGUUAUUUGAGGAGGUCGAGAAGCCUACGAUGGAGUUUGAAGAGCCGGCGUCGGAGAUUGAUGAGCCCGCGGACGACGACAUGGACAACACUUCGCUCAUGUUCAACGACAACAGCUUCGACGACUCCGUCAGCCCCGAGCAGCAGACUUCUGCCAUGAACCUCUUCGGACGGAAGAUGGUCAGUAUGAAGCGGCUCGGUAUGGGGCUGCGCACUAACCGGGACUGGUUCGUUGGACUGUCUCGCUGCCCUGACUACACCGGUGAUUCGGUUGGUCUAGAGCGCGCGCGAUCAAGGACUACGGUGACGACUGAGUCUCAUCUGACACAGGACGCCAGUGAAGGAGAAGACUACGAAACGACAGAUGACUACUUCGAAGACAACGUCAACAUCAUCAUCGAAUCGCGACGCCACGGCGUCAAAGCCACGCAAGCCGGUCGCUCCGGUGGCAGCUCUACGCAAGACUCCGAACAAGCCAACCACUGUUGCCAAGUCGCUCCCGAAGCGGAACUUGGCUCCAGUUUCGUUGUCGAAGCGCAGAGUCAGCCGUGCGAACACGAAGAGGCAUCACGCAAGGCCAAGACUGUACUGAAGUCGGCCAUGCGCAAGCCCAACUCCCAGGCCGUCAAGAAGCACGUUUGCUACGUUGAGGGACCCAUCGCUCCACGCUUCUACGACGUAGAAGAGACCGUCAAGCAGUCCGCUACUGCAGUUGAUGGGUCCACAGCGUCCUUCUCCUGGGAGCCACUGAUGGGCCUUCUCCACUCUCAGCCACCCUCGCCAGGCAGAGGUGCAAGUCAACUCUUUGAAGGCUCCGACAGUGGCGCUCUGACCAUCAAGCGACGUUUCCUCAACCGCUACGCCAGCGUCCAGCGGUACGAGGCGCGCCGCCGCCAAGAAGCGUUGGUUCGCAGCGAGCGACCAGCGCUGGGUCAGCUUGACUACGGCAACGCAGACUUCAGGAUCGCCUUGCAGGCGUCCAAUGUCAUCACCGCGGAUGACAUUGGCAUGAUGCAGGAUCUGAGCAACAUCGGCAAGGCUGGCAAGUUGUGGUGCGGUAAUCGGGCGAUGGAAACACCGGUGCUGGUUUUCGGGUCGUUCAAGGAGCCGUUCGAAGAUGCGGCUAUCCCGGCGAAGGGUGUCAAGGCGUACAAGAGGCCUUUGCGAUGGCCGACCACGGGGGUUGAGUCACGGUUAGAGAAGUUUGCGGACGAGCACCUGAAAUGUCUUCAGGGUGCCGAUUUGGUGAUCUGA